AUGAAUGACGGUUCACUCGUCAUUCGUGGAGAGAAGGUUCCGUCGCGAAAUGUAGGCGGUGUUGGUUUUGUUGUGCACCCAUCUGUCGUCCAUCUCGUCGAUUCUCAUGAGAUCCUGUCACCUCGUCUGGCCAUUCUUCGCCUCCGCCCUCUGCGCCAAAAAUCCAUCAGUAUCAUCAACAGCUACUCACCAACAUCAGCAGCUGAUGAAUCCGAAUUGGACGCGUUCUACGAGGAGCUCGAGGAAGUGGUCCGCAACGAGAAGUCCUUCUAA